CGGUGAUGGCUGGGGUGGCCGCGGCGGCUGGGGCGGCUGGGGUGGCUACGGUGGCCAUGGCUAUGACGGGGGCCACUGGGGCGGGGAUGGUUGGGAUGGGGACGGCUAUGGGGGCGGUGGCCAUUGGAACAAGGAACAUGAGAAGGAGAAAGGACAUAAGGACAAGAAGCACGAUAAAGACAAACGGUACGAUGGCCAUGGAUACGACGACGGCGACCAUGGACACCACGACGGCGGCCACGGAGAUGGCUACGGAGAUGGCUACGGAGAUGGGCACCAUGACGGCCAUGGGCACCAUGACGGCCACGGGCACCAUGACGGCCACGGUCGGAAGAGAAGUGAUGAGGUUGAUGAGCACCGUCACCAUCACCACCACCACCACCACCAUCACAGCGUCAAAGGUGAGGAGGAGGGAGAAGUUGAUGCUCGUGGACGGGACAAGAGAAACGAUGAUGAAGAGGACCCUCGCCACCAUCACCAUCACCACCACCAGAAUGGGAGAGAAGAGGCCAAAGAGUAGGCCAGGCCCAGUGCGGCACGGGGAAGCAUGGGGUGAAGGGAUCCAAUAGUUACAGUGGGC